GACGAUGAAAACUGUCUCAUUGACGUGACAUUUUAUCGAUAUUUGCCCCGAUGUUCCCAACGACCUUAUUUAUGUCGGUGUUGUUUAUACAUGUCAUCAUCAUAAUUUUUACAGAGUGACGAGGCUUACACGCUUAGCUCUAUCUAUUGGCGAAGGCGACAAGUAUUAUAAUUCUUCUUAUUGCAUUCUCAGAAAUUGAUGGUAGUAGGAACGGCGAGAAAGCGCGGAAAAACAUCGGCGAAGCAGCAGUAGCAGUAAGUGCGGACGAAAAACUGCGAGCGGGCAGCUCGACGACCGACCGACCGACCAACCGACCGAGCGACCGACCGACCGACCUACCGAGAUCGACUCCGAUCAUUAAUCGAAUUUGUUGCUUCGAGAAGGAGAGGGCCCAUCCGUGCGUCGGAGUAGAAUAGUAGCGAGAGAAACAUGGCGUUUGUUGUUUCACCACGACCGAGUGUCGCCGCGUGCUAGAGGCUCCUGCCGAGAGGAUCACCGCCACGCUCCGAAGGUCCGCUGAUCGACAGGGAGAGGGGGGGACAACCCCGUCGUGGGUGGAUCUCGCCGCGACACCCUCGUCCAGGGUGCGCCCGAUGCCCGCGUCACCCCGGAGCCGAGCAUGAGAAUAGCUUGCACCAUCCGUAACCCCUGAGAUGCCGAAAAGGAUUCCCGAGACAAGCGCACAAUGACGUCCCGCAGUUACACCAAGUCCUACAGCCGUAAGGUCGGUGUAACGGCCGGCAGUAUUCAGUUCGAUAAGCUCUUUCGCGAGAACAGCAAUCGGCCCUCGGCUGCGAAGUCGGCGGGCACUGUUGGCAAAUGGGGCAUAACAUCCUUUACGUCGAUCAGGAGCACGAAUAUCAAUGGAAGACGAGAUGAUAUACAUAAUACAUUCGGCGCGAAGAGAAUGAAACUCGAUUAUGGAAAUCAGAAUCGCGUAAGUUCCGGGAAGGAUCCAUUUUCUUUUGAAACCGAUCCGGAUAACAAACCGGACGCUUCUCCGACGGUUGUAAAGCCGAAAAAGUUCUUCAAGAGCAGAAAUGUCCCGCCUGUGGUGGAGGAAUCUCGCCAGGAUGUGGCAAUCUACAGACAAGUACCUGAUUCGCAAUACGGAAGGGCUCGUACUCCGAAACAACCCGCGCAGCAACCAAUGCAAAAGCAGCAGCCAAUGCAAAAACAGCAGCCAAUGCAAAAACAGCAGCCAACGCAAAAGCAGCAGCCAACGCAAAAGCAGCAACAGCAACAGCAGCAAGCUGUAACGAAAGUAUCACAUGCUCCAAUUAAGAAAGUAGUAGAAAGUUUAGAUAGCACCAGUACUCAUGAUACCCCUAAUCGAGAGGAGAGCAAACCUCCUAUUGUAUUAAGAAUAUGUAAAGGUACAGCGCGAUUGGUUUGCGGAGAUGUGCAUCAAGAUACUCAGGAGCUUGAGCCCGAUACUUACAGGAUUUCCACCCCCCUCACUAGUCCGUCUAAAGUGGACGUCGAACGUAAGACCCUCAAUACGGAAGUACCGCUCAAAUCCGAUCAUAGAUCCCUGCGUACGCAUCAACCUACCGUCUCAACUGUAUCGAUUCCCUUGGAGAACUCGGACAUGAGGAGGACCACUCGUAGUCGCGCGAAGAAUCUGCACUUGGAUCUAACGGCGACGAGUUCUGCCGUGACGCCGUCAACGACACCGAUAACUCCCAAUUCCCACGGUUCCGGUCUGUCUUUGACGUUGAGAAAAUCCGUGACGGAUUCCAAUAACACCCUCAUAUCUCAUUAUGAUAUCAUUAAGACUGACUGCAGCUCAACAUAUUCCUCCAAACCGGUGAUUGAACCGUUAAUUGGGCGCGAUCAGCCGCUACCAACCACGACCCAGGAGUUGAUCGAUAUACUCUCGAGCGAUUCCGAUACGAGACCAGCACCGGCAUUGCCGCCGCCGCCUCCAUCAUCGUCACCACCGUCACCAUCAUUACCACCACCACUACCAUCACCAUCACCAUCACCGCCAUCAUCACCAUCGGUGAUUCCCAAUGAUAAUGAUAAUGCAGAAAAUACAACAGCACAAACGUCAGAAAAUGUUGAGAGCGAAGUUCAACAUUGCUCCAUAGAUAUCCUGACCAAUGAAAUUGUAGUACCUGUUGUGCGGCCUGAAACCGUUGCGAUAGCGCAACAACCUGAACCGGAGGUAGAUCUUGAUCCCGAAUCGGAACCAGAACCACCAGCUCGAAUUGGAAUGACCGACAUCGUAGCUAUCGAGACUACCGUUGCUGCCACUACCGCCGCCAAGACUUUAGUAGAUCAGGAUUGGUUCUCGGGCAGUGACGAUAGCGAAGGUGCUAGUGGAAACGCCGAGAGUGAGAUAGCAUUACACGUUACGAGUACGGUCUCUGAAUCGCAAGUCUCCGAUCCACCAUCGACGACGGUUCCUGCAUCGAUCAAGCCUGCCGCUAAGAAAGGUAGUAUCUUCAAGAGUCGUUCGACGGGCGCGACAGAUGGGAAUAAGAGACGAGCGUUGUACAAGCACAAGUGGUGCGACAGCGACAAGGAAUCGACUGCUGCUGAUACGCCUACCACCGGUAACAAUACGCCGACUACCGCAUCCGGCUCGAGCAGCGCGGGACCUGUAGCGUACGAGGAAGAAUUCGAUUCCUCGCAAUUAACGAGAGUUGUAACUUAUCCUACGGCCGACGCAGAUUUCGAGGAUGAGGCCGACGCAAUCACGAGUAUUCGCUGUGGUAAAAAAGUUAAAGGAUUCUACACUGUAGUAAAGAAUGUAAAGAAAGCUCAUCAGAUACAAGAAAGCGGAGAAUUCCAGGAAUUUAAUGAUGAUGUGGAAUAUAUCUUGGACACUUUGAGAGAAAAUAAUCCAAAUGCUACUCGUUGCCUUUCAGCCAUAAGAUUAGCAAGUAAAUGUAUGGCUCCUGCAUUUCGCAUGCACGUGCGUGCUCAUGGAACUGUUGCCAAGUUUUUUAAAGCUCUUCAUGAUGCAACUAAGGAUCAGAGUCUUGGUUUAUGCACAGCAACAGUAAUGUUCGUUUUAAGCCAAGAUCGUCUAGCUAUGGAUCUAGAUCGCGAUUGUUUGGAAUUAAUGUUAAGUCUAUUAGAAUCUGAUGCCAGCCAUAAGGAUGCUCUUGACGACUGUGGUCUCAGUCAUACCGAAUUAUUAAAAAAUAAAGAAAAAGUGCGUCAGUUAUGCGCUGAUAUACAAGCUCAAGGACAUGCUAAGCAUCUAAAUUUAGAUAAUAUUACUGUUGGUCAGCUUGCUAUGGAGACACUUCUAAGUCUUACAUCAAAGCGUGCUGGAGAAUGGUUUAAAGAAGAAUUGCGAGAGUUAGGCGGAUUGGAACAUAUUGUAAAGACAAUUCGAGAAUGCCACCGCCAUAUUAACAGCCAGAAUCUCUUAAGAUCUGGCUGGACAGAUCCUUUAUUAGAUAAAUUACGUAAAGUUGACAGAUGUUUACGUGUAUUAGAAAAUGUAACACAUAUGAAUGAAGAGAAUCAAGUGUAUUUAUUAAAGUAUGAAGAAGGAGUAUUAGUAAGCACAUUAGCUAGUUUAUAUCACUUAUGUGGGCAAGAGAUUCCCAUUUAUCCAACAACAGAUCCAAGCGAUAAAAGUUCUAUUGGUGCUGUUGUUAGAGAAUGCCUCUUUGCAAUUAUUAAAGUUCUCAUCAAUCUUACCCAUCGAUUUAACAGAGGAUCUUUCGGUAGCAAAUCGGUUGGCGCACAAGUUGGCGUUUUGGAUUGUACUUUGUUUCUUUUAUUACGUGUGCCUGAAUCACUUCCGGAAGAAAAACGAUUUGACAUGAUGAUGUUGGCGUUAAUAUUAUUAAUAAAUUUAGUAGAACAAUGCGACGAUAAUAAGCAACUACUUAUUGAAUCGAAAACACCUCUAUCAUCAGAUGAUAUUUUUGAUUCGCAAGAAAGCGGCGUGGGAUCCUUAAUCGAUUUGUUUUACAAGCAAGAGGAACUUGCACGUGCCGAAGAACAGAAAACUGAUGCCAUUUUAGAUGGGAAGAAAGAUUCUGAACAAACAGAGACUGUAUCAACUACUACUAAAUCUCAAGAGGAAUUCAUCGAAGAAACCGUCACUAAAUUAUUACAAAAAGCUGGACGACAUAUGGAGCACACACUGAUUGGUGCAUAUGUAGUACUUUUACUUGGAUACUUAAUAAUGGACAACAAGGAAUAUGAGUCAUUGGUACGAAGUAGACUGCCAGACAAGAAUUUUGGAACUAUGGUAUCUGUACUUCAAAAGUUCUUCAACUUUAUGAAUAUAACGGUAUCGCAGAAUGAAGUGAGCAGUUGUGGAAUUGCUGCUACCGAAAAGGUAAUCAAGUUCCUAAAAAUGUCAGAUGCCAGAAUAGAGGAAGAGAAAAAUGAGUUACCAUUGCCAGCAUUAGAAGACACCAAUACAAUGCUUGACUUAACUUCAUCUUGAUCAAUAUGUUAUACAUACACUUGACAGCAUUUUUUUCACCUGGCGUACACAAAGAGCCAAAGUUGUAUUUGUUCAACAGAAAGGAAAUUCUUUUUAUUACGAAACGAAUGGACUUGUUUCAUAUUUACACAUAUAUUUUGAUACAUAUUUAUUCACUUACGUAAUUUAUUGUUAUAGGUUCAUUAUUAUUAUAAUUCGAUUUAUUUCUUUACUUACAAAACUUAGUUAUAUCUGCUAGCUUUAAAUACAAAAUAAUACAAUUUUGUGAAUUAUAUGUAGGGACACACAUAUUGUAAUUAUAAUUGCAAGGCACUUAUCGCAAUUGUUAUGACUUAUAUACAUAGAUUUACCAUCUAUGAUAUUUUUAAGACAUCUAAUAUAAUUCAAAGUAAUAAAAAGCCAUUUUUUUAAGUUGAUCGAAAAGAAUAACGCGAUAAGCUUCUUGCUGUAAGCUCCUUGCUCCAGCAUAUAGUUUAUUUCUGUAUAUCUUAAAAAACAUUGUACACAAUCUAUUAAAAUUAUAUCUAUUGUGUUUUAAAACCUGUUAAGUGAUUGACAGCACUAGGACACGUUGUGAUCCGCUGAAAUUCAAUAUAGCAUUAUGUAUAAGUUUAUUUUAAUAUUAAAAUUAUAUUAUAUGAUA